GCUCUGCUCUUUGGCACACAGGUCUCCUGGCAGUGCCAGUAAAGAGCUCGACUUGGCAUGCGUGGCCAUAAUGGCUAGUAAACGCUGAGCUCCCACUCCCUUUUCGGAGUUCUACUGCAUGAACUAAGGACCGUUGUUUCUCCCUUUUUUGCCUUUGGACUACCAAUUACAACACCAAGGAAUGCUCGCUGAGCACAGGGAGAACAGUAGGCCAUUUGAAGCAGAGCAGGAUGGGUGGCGAAGGAGCAUUGGAAGAAGUACGACAUGGCUCUCUUCGCAAAGGAAUAAUGACACGGACUAGUUAGGCGAGAUGCAGAACUAUGCUGAGCUUUGUUUUCAUGGCUUCUGUAGACUCCUUAUUAAUCCUUACCAAAACAUCUGAAAUGGGGAAUCAGUAGGUCUCGCAAAUGGGCUUAUUAUGAGAACUGGUUCUGGCCGGGUUCGGCCCGAGGAAGCCGCUGAAGAUGAACGUGGUGAAGAGGAUCAUGGGGCGUCCGCGGCAGGAGGAGUGCAGCCCACAGGACAACGCACUGGGCCUCAUGCACCUGCGCCGCCUCUCCUCUGAGCUCUGCCACCCGCCACGCCACAUGACCCAGAAGGAGCAGGAGGAGAAGCUCUACAUGAUGCUACCCGUCUUUAACCGGGUGUUUGGGAACGCUCCCCCGAGCGCCAUGAAUGAGAAGUUCUCAGACCUUCUGCAGUUCACCACGCAGGUUUCCAGGCUAAUGGUGACCGAGAUCAGACGAAGAGCAUCCAACAAAUCUACAGAGGCAGCCAGUAGAGCCAUCGUCCAGUUUCUGGAGGUGAAUCAGAGUGAGGAGGCGAGUCGCGGCUGGAUGCUCCUCACUACCAUCAACCUGUUGGCCUCCUCUGGCCAGAAAACGGUGGACUGCAUGACCACCAUGUCGGUGCCCUCCACACUGGUGAAAUGCCUCUAUCUGUUCUUCGACCUGCCACACAUGCCCGAGGUGCCUGCCGCCACACAGACCGAGCUGCCCCUGGCAGACCGCCGGGCCCUGCUGCAGAAGGUGUUUGUUCAGAUCCUGGUGAAACUGUGCAGCUUCGUGUCUCCAGCCGAAGAGCUAGCUCAGAAGGACGACCUGCAGCUGCUUUUCAGCGCCAUUACCUCCUGGUGUCCCCCCCACAACUUGCCCUGGAGGCGGAGUGCUGGCGAGGUGCUCACCACCAUCUCUGGCCACGGCCUCAGCGUCAACGUCGUCAAAUACAUCCACGAGAAAGAGUGUUUGUCGACAUGUAUCCAGAACAUGCAGCAGUCAGACGAUCUCUCUCCACUGGAGAUCGUCGAAAUGUUUGCCGGGCUGUCCUGCUUCCUGAAAGACUCCAGCGAUGUGUCUCAGACAUUACUAGACGAUUUCCGCAUGUGUCAGGGUUACACCUUCCUGACCGACCUCAUGCUCAGACUGGAGCAGGCCAAAGAGGACGAAUCCAAAGAUGCCCUGAAGGACCUGGUUAACCUGGUCACCGCCUUGACCACGUAUGGCGUCAGCGAACUUAAGCCGGCCGGCCUCACAACUGGCGCGCCCUUCCUGCUACCCGGCUUUGUGGUCCCACAGCCUUCUGGGAAAGGUCACACUGUCAGGAACAUCCAAGCCUUUUCCGUGCUCCAGAACGCUUUCCUAAAGGCGAAGACCGGCCGGCUGGCCCGCAUGGUCCUGGAAGCCAUCGGCAACAUCUAUGCCGCAGACAGCGCCAACUACUUCAUCCUGGAGGCGCAGCACACGCUCUCGCAGUUUGCCGAGCGAGUGCCGCGCCUGCCCGACGUCCAGGCCAAAUACUUCGACCUGCUGGAGUUCGUGGUCUUCGGGCUCAACUACGUGCCCUGCAAGGAGCUGUUCAGCGUCAGUGUGCUGCUCAAGUCCAGCGCCUCGUACGGGUGCAGCGCCACGGCAACGCGCACGCUGCUCAAGCUCAGCCGCCACCAUCCGGUCUUCAGUGAUGUGUUCCGCGAGGUGGGCCUGCUUGAGGUGCUCGUCAACCUGCUGCACAAGUACGCAGCCCUGCUGAAAGACCCCACGCAAGCCCAGGGAGAGCAAGGAGAUUCGAAGAACAAUGUGGCGGAGGAGCAGAAGCAGCUAGCGUGGCUCGUCAUGGAGACUCUCACAGUCCUCCUUCAGGGAUCGAACACCAAUGCAGGACUGUUCCGCGAAUUCGGCGGCGCACGCUGCGUCCACAACAUCGUGAAGUAUGGGCAGUGUCGUGAGCACGCCCUGAUGAUCAUCCAGCAGCUGGUGCUGUCGCCCUCCGGCGACGACGACAUGGGCACGCUACUGGGCCUCAUGCACUCCGCACCCUCCACAGAGCUGCAACUCAAAACUGACAUACUGCGGGCGCUGUUGGCUGUCCUGCGCGAGAGCCACCGCACGCGCACCGUCUUCCGCAAGGUGGGUGGUUUCGUCUAUGUCACCUCGCUGCUGGUGGCCACGGAGCGCUCGCUGGGGCCGCGGCCGGCCGGCACCUGGGAGCGCGUCAACCAGAACCAGGUCUUCGAGCUGCUGCACACCGUCUUCGGUACGCUGACGGCGGCCAUGCGCUAUGAACCGGCCAACUCGCACUUCUUCCGCACCGAGGUCCAGUACGAGAAGCUGGCCGACGCCGUGCGCCUCCUCGGCUGCUUCUCCGAGGCCAAGAAGCUGGCGGCGGCCUCCCCGGUGCGCGAUGCUGCCACGCCGUCCAGCGCGCUGCCCUUCCAGAGGCUGCUGGAGGAUGAGGCGGUGGGCGGCGAGGGCAUGUGCCCGGCGCUGCGCCACUGCAGCAAGCUCUUCAUCUAUCUGUACAAGAUGGCGACCGACUCCUUCGACAGUCGUGCUGAGCAGGUGCCCCCCUGCCUGACUCACGAGACCUCGCUCCCCUCUCCCUGGGGCACGCCAGCACUCGCCAGGAAGAGACAUGGCUACCAAGGUUCCUCUACCUCGGCUCCAGUCAGAGCCGUCACGGACCUAAAGCUGCACCUGGGGAACCCCUCUCAGCACGCCUCCGACCCCGUGGUCAUUCACCCAGGGGCUGUCUUGGCCAUGCUGGAUCUGCUAGCUUCGGUCAGCUCGGACACUCAGCCUGAGCACGCUCUGGAUCUGCAGCUGGCGGUGGCUAACAUGGUGCAGGUGCUGGUGCACUCGGAGCGGAACCAGCAGGUGCUGGGCGAGGCGGGCCUGCACUCGCGACUGCUGCAGCGCUGCGCUUGCGCCCUGGCCGACGAGGAGCACCCGCUGCACCCGCCACUGCAGAGGGCCUUCGAGAGGCUGGCCUCACAGGCUCUUCAGCCCGUGGCUCUCCGGGAAUUUCUGCGUUUGGGCAACCCUUUGAACUGUGGCGCCUGGGACAAGAAGCUUCUGAAACAGUAUCGCGUUCAUAAGCCAAGCUCGCUGAGUUACGAAGCUGAAAUGAGAAACAGCAUGACCACAUCCACGGAGGGCUUUGGGCCGGACAGUGUGUUCGCGGCAAGUGAGGACAACAGUCAGUACCGGAUCAGCCGCAGCCUCGUGCGCUCCGCAGAGGGCAGUACCGUGCCCCUGACCCGUGUCAAGUGCCUGGUCUCCAUGACGACGCCGCAUGACAUCCGCCUGCAUGGCUCGGCCGUCACUCCUGCCUUCGUGGAGUUCGACACGUCGCUGGAGGGCUUCGGCUGUUUAUUUCUGCCCAGCCUCGCCCCUCACAAUGCGCCAUCCAACAACGCCAACACAUCUGGUGUGAGCGACGGUGCAGUGGUCAGCGGCAUCGGAAACGGCGAGCGGCUGUUCCCGCCCCCGUCUGGCUUGAGCUACUCGACGUGGUUCUGCGUGGAGCGCUUUAGCUGCGCGCCUGCCUGCCACCCCGUGCGCCUGCUGACGGUGGUUCGGCGCGCCACCUCGUCUGAGCAGCACUACGUGUGCCUGGCCGUUGUGCUGUCCGCCCGUGACCGUUCACUCGUUGUCUCCACCAAGGAGGAGCUGCUGCAGACCUACGUUGAUGACUUCAGCGAGGAGUCCUCCUUCUACGAGCUGCUGCCCUGCUGCGCCCGCUUCCGCUGCGCUGACCUCAUCACCGAGGGACAGUGGCACCACCUGGUGUUGGUCAUGAGCAAAGGGAUGCUGAAGAACAGCAUGGCCACGCUCUACCUCGACGGCCAGCUGCUCAGCACCGUCAAGCUCCACUACGUACACAGCGCUCCGGGUGGCUCGGGCGCUGCCAAUCCCCCCGUGGUCAGCACCGUCUACAGCUAUGUGGGCACGCCGCCGGCCCAGCGCCAGCUCUCCGCCCUGGUGUGGCGCCUGGGGCCCACGCACUUCCUGGAGGAGGUGCUGCCUGCCAUCAGCGCGGCCGCCAUCUACGAACUGGGGCCCAACUACGUGGGCAGCCUGCAGGCGGUCUACCUGCCUUGCAAAGAUGCGAAGGUGGAGGCCGUGCCCCCGUGCCCCGUGGCGCUGGUCCCCGAGGAGAAGGUCUCCUUCAGCCUCUACGCCCUAUCUGUUUCCUCCCUCACCGUGGCCAAGAUCCGCAAGGUGUACAACAAGCUGGACAGCAAAGCCAUCGCCAAGCAGCUGGCGGUUUCGUCGCAUGAGAACGCCACGCCGGUCAAGCUCCUCCACAACGCAGCGGGGCACCUCAACGGCCCGGCGAGGACCAUCGGCGCUGUGGUGAUAGGCUACCUGGGCGUGAGGGCCUUCGUUCCCAAGCCCGUGGCCACCAACCUCCAGUACGUGGGCGGCGCUGCUGCCAUCCUGGGACUGGUAGCCAUGGCGUCGGACGUGGAGGGCCUGUACGCCGCCGUCAAGGCGCUGGUCUGUGUGGUCAAGAGCAACCCACUGGCCAGCAAGGAGAUGGAACGCAUCAAAGGCUACCAGCUGCUGGCCAUGCUGCUGAAGAAGAAACGCCCACUGCUCAACAGCCACAUCCUGCACCUCACCUUCUCACUGGUGGGCACCGUGGACAGCGGCCACGAGACCUCCAUCAUCCCCAACUCCACCGCCUUCCAGGACCUGCUCUGCGACCUCGAGGUCUGGCUCCAUGCGCCCUACGAACUGCAUCUGUCACUCUUCGAGCACUUCAUCGAACUUCUGACCGAAUCCAGCGAGGCGGCGAAGAACGCCAAGCUCCUGCGGGAAUUCCAGCUGAUUCCCAAACUUCUGCUGACUCUGCGCGACCAGGCGCUGUCCCAGCCCACCGUGGCCGCCAUCGGCAACGUGCUCAGCCUGCUGCUGCAGGGCUUCCCCAGCUCCUACGACCUGCUCCGGUUUGGUCAGUUCAUAUCAUCCACCUUACCGACCUUUGCGGUCUGUGAGAAGUUUGUGGUCAUGGAGGUUAACGACGAGGAGAAGACAGACGGAGGGAGCGACGAGGACUUCGGCAGUCUGCUCUCGUCCAGCGUGAUCCUGCUGCGGAACCGUCUGCUGGACCUCCUGCUUCGGCUGCUGUUCAGCUCCAGAGAGAAGGGCGCCGUCAACGCCCAGGCGUGCGAAGAACUGGUGCGCACGCUGGGCUUCGACUGGCUGCUCCUGUUCAUGGAGGAGCACGUCCACUCCAGCACGGUGACGGCGGCGCUCUGGAUCCUGGUGGUGGUGCUCAGCAACCAGCCCAUCCUGGGCCGCUUCAGAGAGGGCGUGUGCGGAGGGGGCUGGCUGGAUCACACCGACUCUGUGCUCACCAACAAAAUCGGCACGGUGCUGGGCUUCAACGUGGGGCGGAGCGCGGGCGGCAGGUCGACAGUUCGCGAGAUCAACCGCGACGCCUGCCACUUCCCGGGCUUCCCCGUGCUGCAGACGCUGCUGCCCAAGCACACCAACGUGCCUGAGCUCUACUUCCUGCUCAUGGCCCUGUUCCUGCAGCAGCCGGUCACCGAGCUGCCAGACUGCCUCCAGUUUGACCUGGACUCCAUCUGGACGUUCAUCUUCGGCGUGCCGGCAUGUGCCGCCCCCGUGGUGGGCUCGGUCCACAGUGUGUGCACGGAGGCGGCCUUCCUCCUGCUGGCCAUGCUACGCAGCAUGCUCAACCUGCCAUGGCAGUCGGAGGAGGAGGGCUCGUGGCUCAGGGAGUACCCCGUGACGCUGAUGCAGUUCUUCCGCUACCUCUACCACAACGUUCCCGACCUGGCUCCCAUGUGGCACGGCGCAGACUUCCUGUGCGCCUUGGCUGCCGCUGUCUUCCCCUUCAACAUCCGGCCCUACUCGGAGAUGGUCAGCGACCUGGACGAUGAAGCCGGCUCGCCCACCGAGGAGUUCAAAGCCUUCGCCGCCGACACGGGCAUGAACCGCAGCCAGUCGGAGUACCUCAACGUGGGCUCCAAGACCUCCCUGACCAACCACCCGGCCAAGAAGUACGUCUUCGACCUGAUGCGGGUGCUGAUCAUGGACAACCUAUGCACGACGCCUGCCAGCAAGCAGACGCCCGUCAUAGACCUGCUGCUGGAGGCCUCACCAGAGCGCUCCACCAGGACCCAGCAGAAGGAGUUCCAGUCCUACCUCCUGGACAGCGUGAUGGAGCACCUCCUGGCAGCCGACGUCCUGCUGGGAGAGGACGCGUCGAUGCCCCUCACCACUGGCGGGAGCUACCAGGUGCUGGUCAACAACGUGUUCUACUUCGCUCAGCGGGUGGUGGACAAGCUGUGGCAGGGCAUGUUCAACAAGGAGUCGAAGCUGGUAGUGGAGUUCAUAGUGCAGCUGAUCAGCCAGUGCAAGCGGCGCUCCCAGGGCCUGUCUCUGGACCCCAUCUACCACUGCCUGAACCGCACCAUCCUGUACCAGCUGUCGCGGCCGCACAGGACCGUGGCCCAGCAGGUGGCACUGCUGGACUCACUGCGCGUGCUCACCGUCAACCGCAACCUGGUGCUGGGCCCCGGCAACCACGACCAGGAGUUUGUGGCCUGCCUGGCCCACUGCUUCAUCAACCUGCACACGGGGAGCAGCGCGGAGGGCUUUGGGUUGGAGGCCGAGGCCCGCAUGACCACCUGGCACGUGAUGAUCCCAGCGGAGAGCGAGGCCGAUGCACCCCACAGCCAGGACGCCAGUGAAGGGCGCCAGCUCAUGCUGAAGGCCGUGAACCGCGUGUGGACAGAGCUGAUGCAUAGCAAGAGGCAGAUGCUGGAGGACAUUUUUAAAGUGUCCCUGCCUGUGAACGACCGGGGACACGUGGACAUCGCCACCGCCAGGCCAGCGCUGGAGGAGCCCGCUGCCAAGAGCUGGCAGAACCACCUUGCCCACGAGAAGAAGAGCAUCAGCAAGGGGGAGGCGGUGGCUCCAGCCACUCAGUCCAAGCUGUCGCGGGUCAGCAGCGGCUUCGGCCUGUCCAAGCUGACCGGCGCCCGGCGCAGCAAGAAGGAGAGUGGCCUGAACAAGAGCAGCCUCUCCGCGCAGGAAACCUUCCAGUGGAUGUUCACCCAUAUCGCAGUGGUGCGGGACCUGGUGGCCAUGCAGUACAAGGAAUACCAAGAGAGGCAGCAGAAUGCUCUGAAAUACGUGACGGAGGAGUGGGCCGGCAUCGAGUACGAGCUGUUGCGGGAGCGGGGCUUGUGGGGCCCUCCCAUUGGCUCACACCUCGACAAGUUCCAGCUGGACAUGACGGAGGGGCCCUGUCGAAUGAGGAAGAAGAUGGUUCGCAACGACAUGUUUUAUAUCCACUACCCCUACGUGCCUGACGGCGAGCCCAACAACAGCUCACAGAAGCCCACACGCUAUCGGAGAGCCGUCAGCUACGACAGCAAGGAGUACUACAUGCGGAUGUUGUCAGGGAACCCAGGAAUGUACCAGCACUCCAUCCAGCAGAGCACGGAGGGCGAGACCUCACAGCAGGAGCCUGAGCCCGGGGAGGACACCAUCGCCAGGGUCAAAGGUCUCGUGAAAGCCCCUCUGAAGCGCUCGCGCUCCACGGCGGACGGCGGCGACGAGGACAGCCAGGAGCAGCUGCAGGAGCUGAUGGAGGGCGGGGCCGUGGACGAGGAGCAGAAGACCGACAACACCACCCUGCUCCGCCUGCUGGAGGAGGGAGAAAAGAUCCAGCACAUGUACCGGUGCGCUCGGGUGCAGGGGCUGGACACCAGGGAGGGGCUGCUGCUGUUCGGGAAGGAGCACUUCUACGUGAUCGACGGCUUCACCAUGACAGUCACCCGGGAGAUCAGGGACAUCGAGACGCUUCCCGCAAACAUGCAUGAGCCAAUCAUCCCGCGAGGGGCCCGGCAAAGCCAGAGCCAGCUGAAGAGGAGCUGCAGCAUAUUUGCCUACGAGGACAUCAAAGAAGUGCACAAGCGGCGAUACCUGCUACAGCCGAUGGCGGUGGAGGUGUUCUCGGGCGACGGGCGAAAUUACCUCCUGGCUUUCCAGAAGGGGGUCCGGAACAAAGUGUAUCAGAGGUUCCUGGCAGUGGUUCCCUCGCUGGCAGACAGCUCGGAGUCGGUGUCAGGACAGCGGCCCAACACCAGUGUUGAGCAAGGGUCUGGCCUUCUCAGCACUUUGGUGGGAGAGAAAUCGGUGACGCAGCGUUGGGAGAGAGGAGAGAUCAGCAACUUCCAGUACCUGAUGCACCUGAACACGCUGGCCGGCAGGUCCUACAACGACCUGAUGCAGUACCCGGUCUUCCCCUGGAUCCUGGCCGACUACGACUCUGAGGAACUGGACCUGAACAGUCCAAAGACCUUCCGGAACCUGUCCAAGCCCAUGGGUGCCCAGACCGACGACCGACUGAUCCAGUAUAAGAAGAGGUUCAAGGACUGGGAGGAUCCCAACGGUGAAACCCCAGCGUAUCACUACGGAACUCACUACUCCUCAGCCAUGAUUGUGGCCUCCUACCUGGUGAGAAUGGAGCCUUUCACGCAGAUCUUCCUCAGGCUGCAGGGGGGCCAUUUUGACCUGGCCGACCGGAUGUUCCAUAGCGUGCGAGAAGCCUGGCUCUCAGCCUCCAAGCACAACAUGGCCGACGUGAAGGAGCUCAUCCCCGAGUUCUUCUACCUCCCAGAGUUCAUGCUCAACUCCAACAACUUCGACUUAGGGAGCAAGCAAAAUGGCACUAAGCUGGGAGAUGUCAUCCUGCCUCCGUGGGCCAAAGGAGAUCCAAGAGAGUUCAUCAGGGUUCACAGACAGGCUCUGGAGUGUGACUACGUCAGUGCCCACCUGCAUGAGUGGAUCGACCUCAUCUUCGGCUACAAGCAGCAAGGCCCCCCCGCGGUGGAGGCGGUAAACGUGUUCCACCACCUCUUCUACGAAGGCCAGGUGGACAUCUACAACAUCAACGACCCACUGAAAGAAACCGCCACCAUCGGCUUCAUCAACAACUUCGGCCAGAUCCCCAAGCAGCUGUUUAAGAAGCCCCACCCCCCCAAGCGGGUGCGCGGCAGGUCGAACGGCGAGAUCCCUGGCAUGCCUGUCUCCAUCAGCUCCACUGCCGACAAGAUCUUCUUCCACCACCUGGACAACCUACGACCCUCCCUGGCUCCUGUUAAAGAACUGAAGGAGCCAGUGGGUCAGAUCGUGUGCACCGACAAGGGCAUCCUGGCAGUGGAGCAGAACAAAGUGCUGGUGCCCCCGGCAUGGGGCAAGACGUUUGCCUGGGGCUACGCAGACCUCAGCUGCAGGCUAGCCAACUACGAGUCAGACAAGGCAGUGAUCGUGUAUGAGUGUCUGUCUGAAUGGGGCCAGAUCUUGUGUGCUAUCUGUCCAAACCCCAAGCUGGUGAUUACCGGUGGCACCAGCACGGCCAUCUGUGUGUGGGAAACGAGUACGUCCAAAGAGAAGGCCAAGACCCUCGCGCUCAAACAGGCUCUCCUGGGCCACACGGAUGCGGUGACGUGCCUGACGGCGUCCUCCGCCUACCACAUCGUGGUGAGCGGCUCCCGGGACCGCACUUGCAUCAUCUGGGACCUUAACAAGCUGGCGUUCGUCACGCAGCUGCGAGGCCACCGCGCUCCUGUCUCGGCACUCUGCAUCAACGAGCUCACUGGAGACAUCGUGUCUACUGCGGGAACAUACAUCCACGUGUGGAGCAUCAACGGCAACCCCAUCUCCAGCGCCAACACGUUCACGGGCCGCAGCCAGCAGAUCCUGUGCUGCUGCAUCAGCGAGAUGAACGAGUGGGACACCCAGAACGUCAUCGUCACGGGACACUCGGAUGGCGUUGUCAGGUUCUGGAGGAUGGAAUUCCUACAAGUCCCAGAAACCCCUGCCCCAGAGCCAGUAGAGCUUCCAGAUGUACCGGACUGCUGCGGAGAGGAAAAAAUCAACGGCCGCGAAGCCCCGGACGACGACAGCAGCGAGUCGGAGGGUGAGGAGGCUAGCGCAAGGCAGGACGGGGUGGGGUCGCGCGGGCCCACGGGCCAGCCAGCCGCCGUCGCCGUGCCCGCCGUCGCUGUGCCUAGACCCAAGCCCCGCGCAGCCGCCUCCUGGUCGGUAGACAGCAGCUCGGAUGACUCGCGCCGCUGGUCGGACACGCUCAGCGUGGACGAGAAGGACGGCUUUGUGUUCGUGAACUACUCUGAGGGCCAGGCCAGGCCUGCCGCCACCGCCACCAGCCUGCCCCCGCCUCCCCUCUCCGCGCCCCCGCAUGGGCCCUCUGCCCCCACCGCCACCGAGGCUCGACCCUACAGCCGCCUGAGAGCCGGCUACAGAUGGGAGAGGCAGCUGGUCUUCCGAAGCAAACUCACCAUGCACACCGCCUUCGACCGCAAGGACAACGCUCAGCCGGCCGAGAUCUCAGCGCUCGCCAUCUCAAAGGACCACAGUAAGAUCCUGGUGGGUGACGGGCGUGGGCGCGUCUUCAGUUGGUCGGUGAGCGAGCCGCCCGGCCGCGCCGACCACUGGGUGAAGGACGAGCAGGUGGACAGCUGCUCAGGCUGUGACGUGCGUUUCUCCCUCACCGAGCGCCGCCACCACUGCCGCAACUGCGGCCAGCUUUUCUGCCAGAAAUGCAGUCGCUUCCAGUCAGAGAUCAAGCGGCUGAAGAUAUCAUCGCCCGUGCGUGUGUGUCAGAACUGUUAUUACAACCUGCAGCAUGAGCGGGCCUCAGAAGAAGGUUCCAGAAACUAGAUAGCCACCCCCCCCCCCCCCCUUACCUUCCUCUAAAGAACACUCACCACCGCUCCGUGCCAGACACUGAUGUGUGUACAGCACAGACAGAGACUAAACUCACUUCACUAAUGUUCAUUGUUUCACACACGGAGCAUAAGAGAUGGGUGCUUGACCCCUUCAGUUACCUUUUCUUUGCCAUUUUGCUUGAUCAUGUCGACUUCAGCGAUUUUCCAUGAACUUUAGAUUUUAGGAUGGAAAAAAACAAACAAACCAUGCACUCAAAACUUUCCUUCAUAAAUCCUGAUGGAAUUUGUUUAUACUGUAAAUAAUUACAAUGGCCUUUUUAACUAGAACAGAAGAAUGAGGAGUCGUUGCGGAGAGAUAUAAGGAAAAAAACGCCUGUAACAUAGCAUUAUAACACACCACUCCUGACUUAAAAGCGAAAACGUCUAAAGCGGUUGUGUGUAGUCAAUGUCACUAGUCAUGGAAUCCCAGCGGGUAUAAUAACGGGGACUAUGAAUGUUAAUAAUAAAUGUUUGUGGGUUGACAUUACUACUGUGUCUAGUUAUGCAAAUACUUCUUUUGUUUACAAUGUGUUAACGCAGACGUGUUGCCCACAGUAUCAAAACUGCUGCCAAUACUUGAUAGAAAUUGAUGUUUAUUUUAGGGGUUUUGUUUUUGUUGUUGCCAAACUGCUUUGGUAUAGACCUUUUAGCAUAUUUAUGAACAACAGAACACUUUUUAAAUUCCACUCUACUGUUGAUUCUGCAUUAGAGACAUUCUUGUACAGACAUGCUUAAGGUAUUUAGUGUUUUCCAGCUAUUGACUUCACUCUAAUUUUGUGUCAUAUCAGAGUUUUUAAACAAACUGUUGGGGCAUGAAUUUAUUGAUUACUUUCCCCCAUAAAAUUCAGGUAUUAAUCAUGGUUCAGAUAUAAACAAUGAAUGUGUUAUGAAAUACGUACCUGAAACCGACACCUUUCCACCUGACUGAAUAUUAGAAGAAAUCACAGAUGUUCAGUGUAAAAUUAGGCUAAUAAGGGACUUUUUCCAGGUUUAUUUACAUUCUACAUGUAAAUUGUAUGUCAUUACUAAAUGUGAUUUGAACUAGCUUUAUUGUUUCUCUGUAACACUAACAUAGUUAUCUGAGAACACUUGGUCCAUUCAACCACCACUGUUGAAUACCUGUGUCAGUUUAUUUCUGUCUGAAAUCCGGAAGAGAAACUGCAGACGUGCGUCAGUUUAGACACAUUUGCAGAAUGUUUAAACCAGGGGUCACAAACACAAGUAAUGCUCAACGGCUAUGUCGUGUGUUCUGGUGAAAAGGGCAUUUUACUCUGCUUUGGAUUGAUGUUUUAAAAAACUGGAAUCGUUCAGUCUGUGAUGUAUUUUCUUUUAUUUCUGUGGUCUUUCAUCAGUGGUACUGUGGGCAAUGCUGCAUUGAAAGUGCUGCUUUGAUUGUUGGGAAGAAACUCCUGUUUUCCUUUUAACUAACGUUAGACACACAAAUCACUUUAAAGGAAGAAAUGCAACACUUUCGGUAGUGUAUUAUUCACUAUAUAUAUAUAUAUAUAUACAUUUCCCCAUCAUUUCCUGAACAACCCAAUAUGCACUCAUUAUCGUCAUGAUUACUCAUGUACUGUAAUUUAGCGUGCAAUCAUGACAUCAAAGCUGUUAGGAUUUUGCUGUUAACAAGCAGCUUAAAGGUCAGAUGGCUCUAUGAAUCCAAAUUUAUUUUCGCACCUUCAUGUGUAAAAGAAACACAUUUAAGGCUCAUGGUUUUAUCAAAGGCAUUUUUAUGUUAUGGGCUGUCAUUUUAAAGGGACGUGUUCCUUUCCAGUAAAACAAACUGUACAAAGUAUUUAUGCAAUUAUAAUGUUUCCUUUUUUAUGAUUACUGUACAUUUUUCAGCAAGUUGGGUUACUUGUUGCAUGUCUAACACAGCUGACUUUCUGUGUCAGUGCAUUGUACGUUUGCCGUUAUUACUGCCUCUCUCUCUCUCUCUCUCUCUCAUACACUCUCUCUCUCUCUCACACACACACACCCACACAAACACACACUCGUAUAUUUCUAUGGCGUUAUUGAAUGAGAUGAUUCUGAAGCCUUGAGAGUUCUGUACAGAGUAGCCAAGUGUUCUGAAGGGGUGCCCUAAUAACCCCUCUGGGUUAACUUUUGUACUCUAUGUAAGAAAACUAUGGACUGAAAAAAAAGGAUCCUCUUUUUUUUUGGUGGUCUUGUGUUAGACUGCAUUACUACAGUACCUGUGCGACCUGUGGUAGAUGAAUGUUCACUGUGCAUUUGUGUUCAAAUACACAUACAUGACUCCCUGCUAGAGUAACCCUGAAUUGUACGGUUAAUAUAAUGCAAUAGAUCUGGUACUCAUUUUUAAUUUAAUUUCAAUUAAAUCCUUGCUGUUUACCACCA